UUCCCAUUUGAAUUGCUCUGCUCUAUUCAAGCCCCCUCUGAGCCUCUGGUUAACAGCAGUCAGUCUUUGCAGUGUCCUGACGUCAUCCAGUGUAUGCAUAAGCUAUGCUAUUGUCUUACUGAGAGCAGGGGCUGUGGAUUGCAGUAUCUGGUGUCUGCUACCUAUUUCUGCCUCACUGCAUCACAGAAGGGACACUGACCUUCCCUUACCUCUUGGAUUUAAAACAGCAGCUCCUGACUUUUGCUUCCUGAAAAAGACCUUUGCUUUGGUUGCAAGGAAAAGCUGUCUGCAGUGUGAAGCUUAAGAAGAGAAUCUGGCAGAUUGGAUAGCUUGGACUGCAUUGUCUGGCUUCAUGACCCCUGCUGUGUAGCAGUCUCAUCCUUCUCUUACACACUCCCUCUAUCUUUCACUCAUUUUCCCUUUUUCCUUCUUUAAUAGCAGCAUCUGGGGCCAGCCAUGUUUGGCACUGAAUCUUCAUUGAGUAUGUUUUUGAACACAUUAACCCCCAAGUUCUAUGUUGCCCUGACAGGCACGUCUUCAUUAAUCUCAGGUCUUAUUUUGAUAUUUGAGUGGUGGUAUUUUCGCAAGUAUGGGACAUCAUUCAUUGAGCAGGUCUCCGUGAGUCACUUGCGCCCUCUGCUGGGUGGGGUGGACAAUAACUCCCCCAACAACUCUAACACAAGCAAUGGGGACUCUGAUUCAAAUCGACAGAGUGUUUCAGAAUGCAAAGUGUGGCGAAAUCCAUUAAACCUAUUUAGAGGAGCUGAGUAUAACAGGUAUAUGUGGGUGACAGGAAGAGAACCUUUGACCUACUAUGAUAUGAAUCUUUCAGCGCAGGAUCAUCAAACGUUCUUUACAUGUGACACAGAUCAUUUACGGCCUGCAGAUGCCAUAAUGCAAAAAGCCUGGCGAGAGAGAAACCCGCAAGCCAGAAUUUCUGCAGCACAUGAAGCCUUGGAGUUGAACGAGUGUGCCACUGCUUAUAUUCUCUUGGCUGAAGAGGAAGCAACAACUAUUGUGGAGGCAGAGAAGCUGUUUAAGCAGGCUCUGAAAGCAGGAGAGGGCUGUUACAGGCGUAGCCAGCAGUUACAGCAUCAUGGGACUCAGUAUGAAGCCCAACACAGACGGGAUACCAAUGUGUUGGUAUACAUUAAACGGAGGCUGGCAAUGUGUGCAAGGAAGCUGGGAAGGACCAGGGAAGCUGUAAAAAUGAUGAGAGAUUUAAUGAAGGAGUUUCCUCUGCUCAGCAUGUUCAACAUCCAUGAAAACCUGCUAGAAGCUCUGUUGGAGUUACAAGCCUAUGCAGAUGUUCAGGCAGUUUUAGCAAAAUAUGAUGAUAUAAGCUUACCAAAAUCAGCAACGAUAUGCUACACAGCUGCACUGCUCAAAGCCAGAGCUGUCUCUGACAAAUUUUCUCCAGAGGCUGCCUCAAGGCGAGGGCUGAGUACAGCAGAAAUGAAUGCAGUAGAAGCUAUUCACAGAGCAGUAGAAUUUAAUCCACAUGUGCCAAAAUAUCUACUAGAGAUGAAAAGCUUAAUACUGCCCCCUGAACAUAUUCUGAAGAGAGGAGACAGUGAAGCAAUAGCAUAUGCUUUCUUUCAUCUUCAGCACUGGAAAAGGGUAGAGGGGGCACUGAAUCUCUUACAUUGUACGUGGGAAGGCACUUUCAGAAUGAUCCCCUAUCCUUUGGAAAAAGGGCACCUUUUUUACCCAUACCCCAUCUGUACAGAAACAGCAGACAGAGAACUACUUCCAUCAUUUCAUGAAGUUUCAGUUUAUCCCAAGAAAGAGCUUCCUUUCUUUAUACUCUUCACGGCGGGAUUAUGUUCCUUCACAGCUAUGCUAGCCCUCCUGACACAUCAGUUCCCAGAGCUUAUGGGGGUCUUUGCAAAAGCUUUUCUCAGCACUCUCUUCGCCCCUUUAAAUUUUGUGAUGGAAAAAGUGGAAAGUAUCCUGCCCUCCAGUCUGUGGCACCAACUGACGAGGAUCUGAGGAAAUACACAAUACUGAUUGACUGCCAUGAUGACAUCUUCUGUGACAACUUUUUGUUGACCGCAAGAAAGCAUGAUAAAAAAGGGAAGCAGUUCUAAGACUUUAAAACUCUUCAUGGAUUGUCUGUUCUUAUAUAAAAACUGUUUUGUUGUACAAAAUACAUUGCUGUUAGGUUUUAUCAUAUUUUGCUUUCAGAAAAGAAAAAGAUCUUAAAAUAAACUUUUGUGUAUUGCAAGGGGGGGAUUUGUUUAUUUGUUUUUUGCUAUUACUUCAUGUCCCUGAAAAUCCAUGAUGCACCUAUUUCAGCUCAAAUGCAGCUUGACUUUCUGUUGAAAUAAUGAAACAGUACUAGCUACUUUUUGAAAGCUAUGCUAUCACUGUCUUCUCCUAUAGGGUAUGUCCACACAGCAGAGAUUUUGAAAUAACAGC